UUAUGAAAGCCCAAAAUGACAAUACCCAUGAAUGAAUACCCGCAUUCAUCUACCGUCAUCCAUCGUUGCCGUUUGCUAGAGCCUCGUGGUAUUUGGGGGCGGGGUGGCUCUGGAACACUGAUUCUCGGAAGUUUAGACCAUAGUUGCAGAGGUCUGAAAUUGAGCUUGAUCGAUAUGGGCGCUUCUGCUGCGUUGCGAAGGAUGAUGGCGCAGGACCCUGUCCUGACUGCCUGCGCUGUGCUCUCUGCCAUUGGGAUCGGGGCACCUUUGAUUGUUCCUCCCAUUAGGAAUGCUAUGAACCGGCCCGAAGUGGUUCCGCCACCCAAGCUAGCAGAUGUUGUCGAGGGCAUGACUGGCAAACCUAGGAAUUCAGGGUGACUGACGAUUUCGAGUGAUGCCACUCAUUCUCCACCGAAUAAAAGACUUAACACUAGCUUUACAGAGUAUUGAAUGAGAUUGGAAGUGAAGGGCUCGCUUUCUCUUCUAUCAGUCAUCUCUGUCCUACAUUCUUCAUCUGUCACUUAGCACAUCUUGUAGGUUUGUGACGUGAUGUGAUGUAGUUCAAUGUAUUGUUUUACCGAGCGUUUCUUACAAUUCAUAGGCUACUGACGUUUUUGCAUUAUGAAAGUUUUCUAUCUUCACUGUGGAGGUUUCUUUUAAGCCUGAUUUGAUUGGUUUAAUGUAAGUCAAUGAA